UUCACCCCUCCACAAACCACCAGUGGCAAAAUGGCGUCAGGACCUUAUCCUGGGAUGCGACAAAUGAUUGAAAUCGUCAACAAGACCUCGGCUGUUGACCUCAUUUUCGAGAGGGUGUACGAGAAAGCGAAGGAGUGGGAGGAUGCCGAGAAACGGGGAGAUGAUCCGGAUAAGAUCAAGGCGAUGGAUUUUAGUGCGGGUGCUGCUGUGAGUCUUUUUGCGGCUAUUGUACCCAUGGGCGCUUGA